AUGUACACAAUAAUCAUAAAUCGAACUUAAGUAAUGAAGUCAACUGAAGUGUGUGAUUUGAUUAAUGACAUUAAUUUACUUUUCAAAUUAACCCAAGCAAAAUAAUUUAUGCUUUUUACUAAUCAUACUGAACUGAUAUGUGAUUUAUUGAUGGUGAGUGAAGUCUCGGUUUCGCUAUAUAAACUGAAAUUCUCUGUAUUGCCCCAGAGUACUUCGUUAUACUAAUCGCAGCGAAAUGAGAUACUUCGUGGUUUUGGCCUUCGCCUUAAGCGUUGUCUCGGCCUUCGAGCUGCGCAUUAAGGAAAUAUACCAGCGCGAGCUCUACAUGCCUUUGGUGAAUGAGGAGAUCGACGGACGUAUUACCAAUGGACAGGACGCUGCAGCCAAGCAAUUUCCCUAUCAAGUGGGUUUGUCACUACUAUCUUCAGCGGGUACGACAUGGUGUGGUGGUUCACUAAUUGGCCAAAACUGGGUAUUAACUGCUGCUCACUGUACUGAAGGCAUUACCUCCGUAACAGUUCAACUUGGUAGCACAGUUCGCACGAAACCCACAGUGAAAUUCACAGUUAGCCAAAGUGACAUCAUUAUUCACCCCAAAUGGAGUAGAUUACUUGCCAGAAACGAUAUUUCUCUCAUACGCAUUCCAACCGUAACCUUCGACGAUAGCAUCCAGCCUGUUGCUCUACCCGAAAUCGCAUCAACUUACUCCACUUAUGACGGUGAAAGUGUCAUCGCUUCUGGCUGGGGUCGCACGUCUGAUACAAACAAAGCUGUCUCCUCGAAAUUGCAAUAUGCCUUUAUGACUGUUAUUUCUAAUGCUCAGUGCAAGAAGAGCUUUGCCAGCAUUACGGCUAGCAAUAUUUGCAUCGCCACAACCGGUGGUGUAUCUACUUGUAAUGGUGAUUCUGGUGGUCCACUGGUGUUGGCAACUACGAAAGUUCAAAUUGGCUUAACCUCAUUCGGAUCGAAGGAUGGCUGUGCGCUGGGUAUUCCAGCUGCAUUCACUCGCCUUACCAGCUACUUGGAUUGGAUUAAGGAGCAAACUGGAAUUGGUGCUUGAAAAAAAAACGGAUUUAAAUUAAU